UAGUUGAAAAGGAUCACCUUCUCGCAUAACCACUCCACUUAUAUAAACUAUCUCUAACCUGAACGUACAAAAUCAAAACAAAAACAAAAGUUUUUCAUUUUUGAAGAUAAAAAAAUGUAAAGAAUUUUAGCAGUUUUUUUUUAAUUUCUUUUGAAAUUACACUUCAAAAGAAGACUUGCCCGCGGAUAUUUUCUCCUUUGCUUUGUUUCUUAUUGCAAUGUAGCAAUCAGCUGAUUUAUAGUGCACAUUUAUCGAUAACCAGUUAUCGUCAAUAUUAUUAUCCUUUAGAACACAAGUACUUGUAUAGCAAUUGUUUUGAAAAGAAUUAAAAAGAUAUACAUAUAAAAGAAACAACAAAUAUUUUCAUUGUGUGCAAACAAUUUUUAACAGAAAUGAGUGAAUCUUGCUAUUCAUCUUGGCUUCUGGAAAAAAGGACCUCACCAGAAGUCUUCCGACUACGCUUAGGUGUUAAUAAGAUCGGUCGACACUCAUCAUGUCACGUGCGAUUAACUGAACCGACACAAGUAUCCCGGUAUCAUGCUGCUAUUUUUGUCUCUCAUGAUGACAAAAAUGUGAAAGUAGUAGAUUUGAAGUCGGUUAAUGGUAUUUAUGUUAAUGAUGACUUCCAUACCGAUUGCGGUGUUGAUCUGCAGGUGAAUGAUGUAAUUGGCAUUGGAGUUUCGGAAAAAGAGCCUUCUGCAGAAGUUGAGUACUCCAAAUUACCCAUCUUCAAAUUGAUUUACAAACCCAUACGAACUGUGAGUGAAGGCAUGGAUUCCUUGCCUACAAAUAAACUGACUGAUUCUAAGAAUAAUGAUGAACAGCCCAGCUGUAGCGUUGCGGUCAAAAAAGAGCAACAACGACAGCAUGUAAAGGAGGGAAAGGGUGAAAAUAUCGUAGAUGCAGCGGAUGAAGUCGUAAUUAUUUCAAGUGAUGAAGAAGACGGCGAAAUAAAAGCAACGAUGAAUACAAAAGGUGAUCAUAAAGAAGCAAGCAAUCAAAAUAAUGUUGCUUUAAUUCAUUUGCCGCUCGAAUCGGCAUUAAAAAGAGAGUACGUGGAGUCGAUUUCUAAUGAGUUAGAAUCCAUUUUUGGAAAUAUUGCUGGUGAUGAUGAAAUUCAAAAUCAAUUAAAAGAAAUAAAUCCAUUGAUAUACAAUGGCGUCGUGGGGCGGCCAUUAUUAAUGCCUACCAACUGCGAUAAGGUUUUGGUAGAUGGACAAAUAAUUGAUUUACGCAACGAAGACAAGAAUGAUGAUAUUGAAAAGGAUGUACCGCUUCAAAUAGUAGAAUUGGGAAGACUUCUACCUAAUGAAGAUUAUAUGAAAUUGAAAAAAAUACCUAACAGUCCAAAUAUAUUUGAAAGUUCCAAAGAAGAAGAAUCUAUGGAGACGACAAAUGAAAUAAUUCAAAACUGUGACAAGUUGGACGAAAAUGUUCGCAAUCCAAGUCUACCUGAUGACGAAGCUUUGAAAGAUUAUAUAGUUAAUGAUAAUAAGGACGAUGAUGAAGAAUUCAUGUUUUCUCAAACAGUGAUAAAUGGUAUGAAAGCUGAUCUUGAUGAUAACGAUGACUUCCAGGAUCACGAUGAGGAACAGGAUCCACCAGCAAGGGAUAAUUUGGUAAGAGUUAAGCAAGAGCCGGGCAUUCAAGUUGACAAUAGUUCAGCUAUUUUGGCUAAACCGGCUAACUAUGUAGAUCCUAAUAUAUGCUGGGAUAUUAGUGACGACGAAGAAAAUGACGAUGAAAAUUUGCGAAUGUGGUCGAAACGUCUUCUUUCACAAAGUUUCUCUCAAGUGUUUGAAUUAAGUGAAAAAUUAUCAGAUGAACAAGUAGAUACAGAUCGAGAAGAGAACCAAUUCAGAAUAAAUAUCGAGCAUGAACAUGAUGAUAUCUUUAAUCAAAGUGAUAUAGACGAGGAAAAACUGAAAGAAGAAAUGUUUUUCGCUAUCGAUAAAACAUUGAAAGGAUCUGGCAUUAAAACAACUACAGAUAAUCAAACCAGGUCAAGGGAAGAAAAUAUGAAUAGAAUGAACAAAGUCAGAGCAAAUGAAGAGAAAGACUUACUGGAUUCACCCGUUAUAGGAAGAGCUAAUUCGAAAACUAGGAGGCUUGCAAUAUUAUCGUCAGAAGAUGAAUGUGAAGAAAAAUUAAAAGGAGAUGCGCCAGGAAAAACAACUAAUAAAAAGGCACAAUUAAGCGGUCGAAAACAGAUACCACCAGUUAUAGAAGCUCCUAGAUUACCCAAGCACAGAAACAAACUACGUGGCGUUUCAGCGGCACCAUCUUCCAAAAACUCUACAAAAAAACCAAAAAGUAAUUAUUUAGAGGUGGGAAAAACGAUGUGUAAUGAAAAACCAAAGGUAGACUUAAGCCGGAACCACCUCCAAAUGUGGGAACACGUCAAGGGCAGAGAAAAAUGUGAUGCCAAACAAUUGAAAGAAUAUCGCAAAGAACGUCUUAAGCAGUUGGCUGAGAAGCAAAAAAAUCACUGUAAAGAGAAUUUAAAACGAAAGCAUUCUCAGGAUAAUAAUAAUGAAGCAACGGCAGGCAAAAAAGUUAAAGUAAAAUUGACUAAAGUUAAUCGGGGAGCUUUUCUAGCUCAAGAAGAUACUAAAUCAAAAAUUACCAAAGAAGAAAUUCAAAAAAAGUGCCAUAACAGCAAACCACCCACGAAGUCAGGUGCAAAGCACAAUCUAGAACGUCGUAGAAGUUUAAAUUUUGAGACUUUUUCUCAACAAAUUUCCAAACCAGAUGAGUUUCUCAAUAAAGAAAGAAAGAAAAAGGAGGGGAACAAAAAUCAUGGAAAAAAAGAAAAACCAACAUCAACACCUGCGAGACGACAUUCAUUAAAUGAACAGAUAGAAAAAAGAAAAAAUAGCAAGACCGUUCCUGCUUGUAAAGAGACUUUGGCUGCUCGUGCUUUACGCACUACCAAUAAAGUUACGUUUGCUUCAAUGGAGAGAGACUUAAUUAAGUCCAUGGAAAGUACCCGCAAACUUGCGAUGGCGAACAAGCAAAUUUUAAAAACAGCACCCACUGCUUCUACUGCUGUUGUUACUUCAAGUACACCUUUCCUGGACGCUUUCAAAGAGGCAACAAUUCAAAACGCAGCUUCAACUGACAUUGCCAAAAAAGACAAACCAAAAAAAAAAGUGCGCUUCAAUGAUGUACCUAUUUACCAUUACAUUGAACCUACAGCGGGCGCCAUUCGCAAGGUUGUUGAUAAAGAUUUCUUGCCACGGACUACCCAUAGAGACCGAUUUGAAAUGUUAAGUUCACAAUUUCGUAUAAUCGACCAUACUGAUAAAAUUAUUACCGACAUUCUAACCUGGAGCAAUGAUUGGCUGAUCAAAAGAAGUGCUGCCGCCGCGGCUCAGAUAGUAAGCCCAAUGCCAAGACAGUUCAGUACAUUUGAUCAUUAUAAAAGAACUUUACUCUCGUUGAUGCAAUUGGAGUUUAUGAGCAAAUUGCAGCGUGAAUACGAGCAUACAGCUGGCGCUAAGCAAUUUCGUGUGAAGUUAGAAAGCGUUACCCCAACGGACAACGGACUCUUAAUGCUUGCAACAACAUAUACGUAUCAACACUCCUAUGAAGCAGCUUACUCCCGUUACGAUGUUGUUAUAUUGGACAUUCCAGAAUUACAGAAGGAAACAUUUGCUUACGUCUCAAGAAACCAUAAAAGAGGCGGCAAUGUUAGUACAAUAAUAUUCGAGAUUAUACCUGUUAAAAUGCUUCCAUGGAAAUUGUCAAACGAUACCAAAGAAUUGAUUGUACGACCCGUGAUUGAUAAUGUACGCGUCGAAUUCGGGUCAUUUAACGCUGUGUAUCAGCUGGAGAGUACGCCUCUAUUCAGAAAGGUUUUAUAUCCUUUAGAAUUACUGAACGGUAAAUUACCUCCUAAAAGGAAUAUUGUUUAUAAAGCUUGCGAUCGUUUUUUAAAUGAAAGGCAAAAGCAAGUACUGCUAAGUACUUAUACACGUAUUAUCGAUGAAACGACACCCAACAUAACGUUGAUUCAAGGGCCACCAGGCACUGGUAAAUCGCAAGUAAUUGCCAAUUUAGCUUUGCAGACAUUAUAUGGCGAAGAGGUUCGUUACUUAGAUAGGAAAAUUUUAAUAUGUGCUCAAAGCAAUGCAGCGGUAGAUGUGAUUGCCGGUAAAUUGUACGAAAUUAGCUUAAGGAUGCGUGUAGAAACUCGUUUUCGUCUAAUACGUUUCGGCAAUUCGGAUAAGAUAAGUCCAUAUGUUCAGCCAGCAGUUUUGAAAAACGUGGUGAUACGCGAUCAGAUGAAAAAGUUAUCGAAAUGGAAAUGCAAUGGGACCAAUGGAGAAGAUUUGCAAAAACAAGUUUUCCAACUUGAAGCGGAAAUUGCCAAUGCUCGUAUUAGCACAAUCUCUGGCACCGUUGAAGAGGACAAAUUGAAAGAAAAAAUACGCCAACUCGAACUAGCGAAAAGCAUCAUGAAAGGUUCAAUGCGCCCCGACGAUGAACAAAGGAUGUUUUCAUGGUAUUUAAGUAAUGCGCACAUUGUAUGUGCCACUUUAUCAAGUUGUGUUCGAUUAACAAAUUACGUAAACUUCUUCGAUGUUUGCAUAAUUGAUGAAGCAACCCAAUGUAUAGAACCUUGGACUUUAGUACCGUUGAGGUUUUUAAUCACUUCUCUGGUAUUAGUAGGUGACACGCAACAAUUGCCGGCCACGGUAUUAUCGCAGAAAGCAGAUGACCUCGGUUUAAGUACGUCAAUGUUUACACGUAUUCAGAAUUGCUUGGACAAUGCAAUAAAUAGUACCAAUCUCAUAAAUUAUAAUUACAUCGUUAGCGGUUUAAAUGUGCAAUAUCGCAUGCAUCCGGAAAUAUGCAAAUGGCCGAAUUUAUACUUCUAUAAAAACAAUUUAAUUGACGGUGCAAAUACUCGUAAACUGCAGACGCCAAUAAAGUCAUUUGUUAUGUUAAGUUUGGAUUAUACACAAAACGAUCAUGGCGGCGACGGUAAAAUCUCUAAUAGCAUGGAAGCCGAAUUCGUAGCGAAGUUAUUAAAAGCUUUAGAUGAUUACAUACCAAAUAAAUCGAAUAGUUACGGUGUAAUUACUCCGUACGCUCAACAUCGUCAAACAUUAAAUACAGCCAUAAAAUCCAUGGGCCUUAGCAACAUCAUGGUGAACACAAUCGAUUCAUAUCAGGGUCUUGAAAAGGAUGUCAUCAUAAUUUCAAAUGCUCGUACAAGUGGUAUUGGCUUUCUCGCUAGCCCUCAAAGGCUGAACGUAGCCAUAACUAGACCGAAAAAGUGUUUAAUAUUAUGCGGAAAUUUUAAAAAUUUGGAGACCGUACCUGCUUGGCGUUCAUUGCUAGACAGUGCUCGUGAACGUAAAUUGUUCUAUGAAAUAAGCCCCGAUUGUAUCUAUGAUAUACAGGCUAAUGUCAUUGAAAAAAUUAAACUGAAGAAGCCUUUACAAGAAACUAAUAGCAAUUGACAACAUUGUUGAACAUAUUUUUGCAGUAUUUAGUUAAAAACGAAUUCCAAAGUUUAUAUAUUUUUAGAAAAUUUAAAUAAUUUUAUGUAUUACUACAUACAAACGCUUCAUAUUAUGAAAGAUACAGGAUAAAUUGCAUUUUAUUAUGUAUAUAAUAACGCUUUGCGUUUUCGGAUGACAAUAGCAAUCUAAAAUUUUUUAGAUAUUAGGGUUUGAUUAUUCCAAUAUAUUCGCAAAUUUCAAUAUCUUCCAAUGAUACUCACUAUUAAAGUGUAUCGUAAACAUUAUCAUAACGAUGAAAAAUCUGUUAACAGUUUUCGUUUUCAAUACUUAUGUUCGAUUUUUUUCAACUUUGCAAAGAAUAUUUGAUAGACGCAGAUGUACUUUGUGGAAUUAAUUUUCCGUUUCAUUUCACUUUGACACAACUAACGGGGAUUAGUUUUCGGUUUGGUACAACUUAAUGGAAUUAUUUUCCACUUUAUGCUCGUGUUCGGUUUUUGUAAUACGUGUUUUUUUGUUUUUUUUAAUAUGCGCAGCGUUUAAUCAGUUCAAGGCAUUCGGCAUAGGAUCUACAUUAGUUUCCUUUAACAAUAUUAUUAGUUUACCGACUAUUCAACUUAUCUUAGCGUAGCGGAAAUGAGUAUUUUGUUGCAUAUCGUUUUUCAAAUCGAUCGCUUUCGAAUAAAAUUUAGCUCACGAGUGGCUGAUACCUGAUUUAUUUUGUACUUACGUUCUUAUAAUGUUAAGCUUUUACGAUUGAGCUCCCAUUGUACAUAUUUCUUCUUUUGCAAACAUUUUAUGUCAAAUGGAAAAUAAAUCAACA